AUGCCGUACGACGUGUUCACGGAGGAGCGGGAGAACGAGGCGAUGUCCUGCCAGGUGGAGGAGAUGAACUCCAAGAUGGCGGCGGCACAGGGCGCGCAGAAGGAGACCACCAAGAGGGUAGUGGAGCGCAUGAGCGUGAACCGCGACGUGAGCUUAGUGCUGCACAUGGUGCAAGGCUGGAGGCGAGAGGUGGACGAGAGCAAGAAGGAUGGACUGCACGCGGAGACCCUGGCGAAUGCCCAAGCGCGGCUCAGGGCCUUCCUGCAGGGCAAGAAUGAGGGUGCGCUGAAGUUCCUGAAGAUGGCCCUGGGCGGCAGCGACACGGCGGUGGUCACCGAGGCGUGGGUGAGCUGGAAGCAGACGACCCUCGAUGUGAAGAGGGAGGCCGAGGUGAAGAAGGCUGCCGAAGAGGCAGCCAAGCUGAAACAGGAGUACAGGGAGCAGCACAUCAAGGUGGCGAGGUCCGCGAUGAACCGCGCUGCCGCGGUACAUGAGCAGAACUUGCUCAUCGAGAUGUUCGAAAACUGGAGGGUGGACAGCCGAGUGGAGCACACUGCUGUGAAGUACGGCGCAAAGAUCGACGCGAAGCGGCAACAGCUGGCCGGGGUGCAUCAGAUGUUCCGGGAGUUUGCCCACCAGCUGGAGGGCAGCCUCAAGAAGAGCCUCGACUCCGACCGGCAAGAUCGGCAGCCUCUCCGGAGGACUAGGACUCUCCACAAGAUGGAGACCGGCACCGUUUCGCUGCCGGACAUCCACAAGCCCCCCACGCCCACGGAGAAGAUCAAGGCAGACAUUCCUCAGCCGAAGAUGGCCUGGGGCUGA